AUGUCCCACACGUUGGAACUAACAGCCAUGACCGGCGAAUCGAUAAGCGGUUUGCCGCCCUUUUGUCUCCGUCCCCAUGAUCUGGGAAAUAAGUACCCUGCAUACGGCAUGAAGCCGAGGCAAUUCCAGAACCUUGGAAUUCCAGGCAGCGGUUUUGCAUGUGUGAACGAUCAGGGGCAGUCACUUCGGGGUUGUCGAUUGAUUGGCCGGCUCGCGGGUCUCCUGCAGGAGUCGAAGCAAACAUGCAGCAUGCAGCGCAAUGCGAGGCGGUCGAAUUACGAGACCGUUGCUCUUGUUUUUGGCCCGAUCGAUGCCCCCCCCAACAAGCUACUUUGA